AUGGACUUCUUCAGAUCGGCCUUCUCGGACCCUAGCCACGCCGCCGUCCCCGACUCUCCGGCGUCUAUCCCCGCCGCCCCACAAAAUCCCCAAACUCCUUCUUCCUCAUGGGCAUUCGGAUCGACCCUCUUCCAAACCCUGGCCUCCAAAUCCGAGACCCUGAUCGACCACUACUACAAAGAUUUUCAAGAAUUCAGCACCGGCCUUAAGAAGGAGACGUCUGUCAUACGCCAGGCCGCUAGCCGAGUCGUCCAGGACCUCCCGGCCCGUCUCGAGUCCGGCGCCGCCAUCGCCCAGGAGUCCCUCGAGGCGGUGGGACAGGCCAUCGACAACGUGGGGUCCACCGUCUCGGAGAUUAUUGGUAAAGAUUUGAACUUUGAUGACCCCACUAGCGCCCAGUCGGUUGAGGGCGAGAGAGACUUGUUAAAUUCUACUAGGGAAGCUAAGCCGUACAACAGGAUGGAGGCUAUGAUUCGUGCUUUGCAAUGUGACAUUCGUACUUACUGUGAUGAAGUUGAGGCAAAUGGUUAUCUUGAGUGGAGAACGGGUUUUCAGAUGGAGGACAAAAGGGGGGAAAUCGAGCAUCUAGUUAAGGAAAAUGGGAUUAUCAUGGAGAUCUAUAAUGAAAUCGUGCCCCUGAAAGUUGAUGAGGAGACAUUUUGGUGUAGGUACUUCUAUAGGGCUGAUAAUUUAGUUAAGGCAGAGGAGGAGCGGGCUAGGAUUGUGAAAAAAGCUAUUCUUCGCGAGGAAGAAGAAGAAUUAAGCUGGGAUUUUGAUGAUGAUAAUGAUCAUGAUGAUGGUAAUCGCAACAAUGAAAAUGGUGAUUGUAAUUCGAAAGAUAGCCUGGCGAAAGGAAAAGUGGUGGAUAAUGCGGAAGUUGAAAACCGGGAGAUUGUGGGUGUUGGCAGUUCAGGUACAAAGAGCGAUGAGGAGAAUUUAAGGAAGAAAUUAAUAGACAAUGAGAAGGAGUUGUCGGAUGGGAAACUCGGGAGUGAUAUUUCGAUUAUUUCAAGCCAACAAUCAUCACACGCCGAGGAUGAUCUCGGGUGGGAUGAGAUUGAAGAUAUUGGGAGUGAGGUCGGGAACACGAUGAGUAAAUCGGUUGAUUUACAUAAGAGGUUGAAUUCUGCCGAGAAAGAAGACGAGGAGGAGCUGACAUGGGAUGUUGAGGAUGAUGAUGAUGAUGAAUGUGAACCCGUUAAGUAG